GUGUGUGUUUGCGCAUGUCUGUCACUGAGUGAAGCAUUUCUCUCCUGAAAGAAUUUGGAUGAUGUGAAGCAUAAGGCACACUGAGUAUGCCAUAACUUGGUGUUGUCAUUAGGCCUUGGAUGCCUUGGUGUUUGUUUACCCUGAUAUUUCCAUUGGACCGAGAACUUGACCUUAUUAGUGGCCAAUCUUAAAUUUCUAUACAGGGAUAAAAAUCUAGUCUAACCAAACAAAAUCACUAGCUUAUUGCUACACAGACUACAUGAGCAAAACAAACAUAAUUGUAUAAUUUAGCUGUAGAUAAUUUCAAUAAAAAUGUAUAAUGUAAUGUUUCUCUUAUCUUGAAUUUGAGCUUACCGGUUACAGUAGAGCAGGGGUACUCAAGUAGAAAUGAUGAGGGGCCACAAUUUUUUUUUUCAGUGACUCAAGGGGCCGGUCGGUAUACGUGUGACUGAGGCCGAUAUAUGCUCUGUUUUAGACGUAACGCGUAAGCACGUAAGAUACAUAACCCCCCCUUGCGCGGUAAAAUAUCCCCCCUUACGUGCUUAAGUGUGUCGGCCAAAAUUCCUGACUAUGCGACUAAAACACUACGGCCCUACGCAGCUCGCAAAGACUGAUUGGCCAGCUAACCACAUCCUUUCAGGAGUCUCACAUUUCCGGUUUUACAGCAUAAUAGCGCCAUUUUUAAAAGGCUGUGACAGAAGCGAAUGAAGAAUUUUGAAGAAGGAGAAGAAGAAAACACAAGAACGAAUUAUGAUAAUUAUAAAUAUAAACAAGCCAGCGAUUUCCACUUCCACGCCCACAGAUUCGUUCGUUGCUCCCCCUACUGUUCUGGCGGAGAAUCCCCUUGCAACACGCGCAAUCCUUAAGGAACCUUAAAGGAACCGUAAAUCAAAACUUGUCUAAAACAAGUCCCUUGUGUAAAUUACGUGCUUACGUCUCUGCGUCUAAAACGACCCUAAAUCGGCCUUGACUGCUGCUGAGAUGGACUGUCUGCCUCGAGUUUGGGAGGGCUGGAGCGGUCUGUGGGCUGGAGUGCUAUCUGUUUAUCGUUGCAACCCCCAGCCUCGUAUUGAGAUCGCGGCGCGCGGUUUCAAAAUAAGAGCGCCCAGCACGAUUUUUUUAUUUUUUUUAUUUUUAUUUUUUUUAAUAAUUAAAAAAACUUUUCAAAACAGCUCGAGGGCCAUUAAUAGACACCCCGCGGGCCACAAAAGGCCCGCGGGCCGCUACUUGAGUAUGACUGCAGUAGAGCAAGAUAAUUCUGACUUCAUCGACCACAAAUAGGACCAUGCCCUUGUCACAAUACGUUUCCAUACCCACCACCAGGUGUCGCCUUGGAUCUGUCAAUAAUUGUCAGUGUGUUAUGUUUUUGGUAUUGUCAGUGCGUUAAUUACAUUUGUAAGUGGUUUAAGAAAAUCGUUGCCGAAAUCUGUAAACAAUAGUAUUGCGUCAGAUGUUGGGUGGGAUAGUAUUGCCGGUUAUCUCUAUCAAAGCAAUCCCUCCCACUCGGGGACGCCUAAUGGAAGGCGCCUCCUAGUAGCUGGGUCAGCAGAGGAGCGUCCUGUGCUGUGGGUACUAGUCAGCUUCCAGUCGGUCAUGCCACAGACAGCCCCGGGAAACACCGCUUACAAUAUGUCAGAUACAUGUCUAGCUUGCGUACACUUUAAACUAUUUAGCGGUGGUCUGGACAGGUCCGGGUCUGGAACUGUUUAGCCCCUAUCCCAUUGUAACUUCGGCGGACUUGACAACUGGCGCUUUAGGAAGUGGAAUCCACUUCCCACUGGUUUGAAAGUUGCACGCCACUUCGAGAAGCGCCCAUAACGCUCCGGGAAGCUUUAUGGCGGAUGGAAUGAGGGCAAGACUACAGAGAUUCAGUCUAUUCACCAAGCCUGUGCAAAAAGAUGUCCCUGAGAUCAUCAGCACACUGCGCCAAGCGGGCAAGAGCGCCGCACGCACUGAUGAUGUCACACCCACCCCCGACGCUUCUCCGCCCACCGCCUCCAGGGGCCUUGCCAUCGCCCAAAGCUGCCCCUCCUUUUCCUCCAUCUCCGCAACGACGACGACGGCAGCCGGGACGACGACCAUGACCACGUCCUCGCUGUCUGCCCCUCAGCUGUCCCCCACGGCUUUCGCCAAGAAGUUUGAGGUGCUGUUCUGCGGCCGUGUGACCGUGGCGCACAAGAAGGCGCCGCCCGCCCUCAUCGACGAGUGCAUCGAGAAGUUCAGCCAAUCGCGUGGCUCGGGGGGCGGGGCCAAAGGCAGUGGUGGCGGGGGGCUUGCGGGCGGGCUGAAGAGGGCGCUGUCCUUCCACUCCAACGGGUCGCUCAGCGACGGCGGUGGCGACGGGCUGGCAGAGAGCCCAACGGCGCCCAGGCGGCCCCUGCUGUACAAGAGGGACCCCAGCUUCCCCUGUCUGCAGGCCCUGGACGAGAACGGCCUCUCGCCAGAGAUCACCCUGAGCCACGCCGACGACGCCCACUGCCACUCCACCGGGGUGCGGCCCACCAGCCUGCAGGAGAACAGGACCAUGCUCUUUAUGGUCGGGAGGUCCCAGAUAUUCUUGGUGAGUCCGGACACCAAGAAGGUGGCCAUCGAGAAGAGCUUCAGGGAGAUAUCCUUCUGCUCCCAGGGCAUUCAUCACGUGGAUCACUUUGGCUUCAUCUGCAGAGAGACGGUGGACGGAGCAAGCUGCCAUUUUGUCUGCUACGUCUUCCAGUGUACAGAUGAAUCUCUGUUUCCCCUUUGUCCACCGCAGGUAGACGAGAUCAUGCUCACCCUGAAGCAGGCGUUCUCGGUGGCCGCCCUGCAGCAGAGCGUCCGGACCCAGAGUCAGCAGUGCGACAGCUGCCCCAUGCAGCAGCUUCACCGGCUGUGUGAGAGGAUAGAGGGUCUCCAGCCGUCAAAAACCAAGCUGGAGCUCCAGAGACACCUGGCCACCCUGGACAACGAAGCCCAGGCCGCCGUCUUCGAGAAUAAAAUGCGGGCCAAGUCUGAGCAGGAGGAGAACGAGAUGGUGAUGGCCAGUCUGAGGAGCCUUUACGAGGAGCAGCAGAAGGGUCACCAGCACUCUCAGCCUGGGGAGAGUAAGCAGGUCAGCGAUGAUCCCAACCCAGCAGAGGUGACACAGCAGCAGCAGAGCAGCAGUCGCCAGCGUCUGGAAGAGUUCAAGACAAGAGCCAAGCGCUCACUCACAGAGUCCCUGGAGGGCAUCUGGAAGGCUAGCAGGAAGCCGGCUCAGAGGGAUAUCAGUGAGGGGAGCGACGGCUGCUCGUCCAGCUCCACCAUCACCCCUGAGCAGGGUUCUCUAGAUGAACCCCUGCCCCCCUCUUCACCCAUACGACCUACCAGCUCCCUCAGGGGCCACAACUCCACCGGGGACCUGAAGCGGCUGGACCCCUGCUCCUCUCCCCUCUCCCCGUCCCCCGGGGGCACGCCGCAGCAGCAGCAGCAGCAGCAGCAGCAGGGUUUCCGCCGGCGGGCCAGCACCUACAGCCACCCCCCGACCCCCACCUCCGCGGACCCCUCGCCGGCCCACACGGACCCCCUGGCGCCCCCGGACCUGACGCCCGGGUCCAAGCCCAAACUGGUGCGACACUACUCCGUCAGCACAGACACGCCGCACCAGAGCAAACUUUCUUCAGACUCAUGUCUUCCUCCUCCCUGCUCCUCAUCUCGCUCUCCUCCCCCUCCCCAGCACCCCUCCCCCCCCUCGUCGGGGGGGAGACUCAACAGGAAAAGUCCUCUGGGAGGCCUGCGUGCGCGUCUACGCUCCUCUUCCUCUGUUCCCAACUUCCUCAAAUUCCAGUUCCUGGCCCCCGUUCAGGAGAACGAUAGUCCAGAGCUCAAGAGCAGCGAUGUGGCCGCCCUGUCAAGCCCUGGGCUGAUGCAUGUGGUCGGGGAGAGUCCUCUGCGCAGCCAACGCCACUCGUGGAGACAGCAGAUCUUCCUGCGUGUUGCAACGCCACAGAAGAACUCUGAUUCCAUCGAGCGGGGGGAGGGGGGUCUGGAGGCAUACGGCGGUGCCGAGGGAGGGGGCGCCGGGGGGGACCCCGCCCCACCCGGCACGCCAGGCGGGAAGAGGAAGAGCGGCGAGGAGCUGAGGGAGCUGUGGAGGAAGGCCAUCCUGCAGCAGAUCCUGCUGCUCCGCAUGGAGACGGAGAACCAGAGGCUCCAGGCCUCAGCAAGCGACCUCCAGAACAAGCGUCUGAAGCAGGACUACGAGGAGAUCACGCCGUGCCUAAAGGACGUCACGCUGGUCUGGGAGAGGAUGCUGGCGACGCCCGGCCGGUCAAAGGUCAAGUUCGACUCGGACACCAUCCACGCGGCCGUCACACAAGGGGUCCCCAGGCCGCAGCGCGGGGAGAUCUGGAAGCUGCUCUCGGAGCAGUACGUGUUGAGGCAGACGGUCCCGGCCCGGCCGCCCGCCAACCAGACGCCGUACAAGGACCUGCUGAAACAGCUCACCUCCCAGCAGCACGCCAUCCUCAUAGACCUGGGGCGAACCUUUCCCACUCAUCCCUACUUCCAGGCCCAGCUCGGGGCAGGACAGCUGUCCCUCUACAAUCUCCUUAAAGCCUAUUCACUUUUGGACCCAGAGGUGGGCUACUGCCAGGGCCUGUCCUUCAUAGCAGGCGUGCUGCUCCUGCACUUGGAAGAGGAGCAGGCCUUUGACAUGCUCAAAUUCCUUAUGUAUGACAUGGGGCUGCGCAAACAGUACCGGCCUGACAUGAUCAUCCUGCAGAUCCAGAUGUACCAGCUGUCUCGGCUCCUGCACGAUUACCACAGGGACCUGCACAGCCACCUGGAGCUGCACGAGAUCGGCCCCAGCCUGUACGCCACGCCCUGGUUCCUCACCGUCUUCGCCUCGCAUUUCCCCCUGGGCUUCGUCGCCCGGGUCUUUGACAUGUUGUUCCUGCAGGGGUCCGAGGUGAUCUUCAAGGUGGCCCUCAGUCUGCUGGGGAGCCAUAAGCCACUGAUCCUGCAGCAUGACAGCCUGGAGUCCAUUGUGGACUUCAUCAAGACCACCCUGCCCAACCUUGGACUGGUGCAGAUGGAGAAGACCAUUAACCAGGUGUGUCAGAUGGAUGUCUCCAAGCAACUUCAGGCCUACGAAGUUGAGUACCACGUCCUACAGGAUGAGUUGAUGGACACGCCCCCUACCCUCAGCCAAUCCCAGAGGGUCGCGCAGCUGGAGAGGACCAAUCAGAGCCUCCGGCAGCAGAACCGCGACCUGCUGGAGGAGCUGCAGGUAUCCCAAGCACGCGUGGCGGGCCUGGAGGGCCGGCUGGAGGGCCUGGCGCGGUCGGAGGGCCAGCUGAGGGAGCAGGUGUGCGGGCUGGAGGAGGAGGCGCGGGGGCUCCAAGGAACCGUGUCCCGGCUGCACACACUCCUCACCGGCCUGGGGGUCCACACCUCCGCCGAGGGGGAGCUGAUCGCCCGCCCGCGCUCCCCCGACCAACAGCGGCCCUGGGCGGCCGGGCACCCCCCCGGUACAGAGGGGCUGGGGAAAGGCACCCCGGACCCUCUGCCUGAACCCCUGGCACUCCCGGGAGGGCUGUAGCCCCCCAACCCCUCACACACAUGCAGAACAAAGCAAGACAGAAAAUAAGAACAGAACUUUAUUCCAAACACUAAGUUGAGAUGAGGAGGACCUGGACUAUUAGCCAUGCCCCCCCCCCCCCACCCCCCUCCAUCCAUAAGUAGAAAGCCCAGCAGGCUGGGAAGGCGUGUCGAUGUAUCACCUCGCCCCAGGCUCCGACUCCGCCCAUCACGGCCCUGGAAGAGAGGGAAGGCCAGAGAAGGGCGGUUCCCUGCGGCACGGGCUCCAGGAGCCGAGGAGAUCAUGUAGCCCACAGAGAGGACUAGAUUCCCCCGGUGUGGGAGACCCAGCACGCGGAACUCGCUCUGGUUAUCUUUCCUUGUUCCUGGCCUGUCGUGAGAAAGCCACACACACACACACACACACACACACACACACACACACACACACACACACACACACACACACACACACACACACACACACACACACACACACACACACACACACACACACACACACACACACACACACACACACACACACACACACACACACACACACACACACACGUAUCAUGCCACCACAGGUUGUCUGAGAGGUGUUCUGUACCACCGACGCAGUGAAUGUUUGUCGAGUCCCCAAAGAAUUUUCCCCUGACAGAACAAAGUGAGAGGAUGCUGUGGUGGUGACAGAAACGAUAUCAAUCACUCCCUAAAAAACGCAACGCUGAGACCGUGCCAAAAAAGGAGCAGGUAUUCAAAUAUCAAACUGGCAAGACGCAACAUUGAGAUCUUUGGCGUGUCGUGCGUUUACAGUCUCUUUUGAGCCGUCAGUGUUAAGUCAAACAGCUGGAACUGUAAUAUAAUGGUUAGCUUAUCUGGUGUUUGCUGUUUACACUUCACAUGUACUCAUUGUCCACUUUCAUAUGUAAACUCUCGGGAUGACUGAUACGAGACUAUGAGUGACUCGCUCUGAGCUUCUUUUCCCUGCAUGCUACGCGUGUACAAGCGACUGAGCACAGGGUCAACACCUGCCUAGUGGGUGUCUGCACAAUAUUGUUUUUUGCCAAAUUCAAGAAAUAUCGGAAUUAGUCUGAGAAAAGCUAAUCUGUACAUCAGCUAAUAUUCCUGCCUGCUGUAGUGUGUGUGUGUGUGUGUGUGUGUGUGUGUGUGUGUGUGUGUGUGUGUGUGUGUGUGUGUGUGUGUGUGUGUGUGUGUGUGUGUGUGUGUGUGUGUGUGUGUGUGUGUGCCAUCUACACUGUAAAGACUCCUUGCACAAGUUUUUUGUUUUCUUUUUAAAUGUUUUCAAUUGUGUAGUAUUGUAUUGAAAUGUUAUUAAACACUUUGAUGAAAUACAUUUCCUUAGUUUUCAAUACAAGUGAAUUCAUGUUGUCUUUAAUUUUUUGUGUAUGUGCAUCUAUUGCUCUAUUUGUUUAUUGGUACAGCUAGAUGUAGGGCUUAUAGAUGUAGCAAUCCUCUCACUGCAUUUUAAAUGCCAUGCCAUUCUUACUAUGUUUUUGAAGCGAUGGUAGAAUUUGUUGAGGGGUAGGAACAUAGAAAUGUUAGGUUGAAUCUCGGCCUCAAAUUUUCUUAUUACUGAUCCACUCAUUUUCAAUGCCUGUGGAAAUUCACCUGAAGAGAUAUGUUGACUACAAUAGUGUAUGUGUUGUAAGGCCUUUUAAAUCAUUUAAGUUGCUAGACGGCAGAGCCUCAGGGCUACAGGUCAAGGCUACAACCCUGCUCCAGAGUUUAAGGUAAUUUGGAACCCAUAGUUGACAGGAUAUCUGACCCUCCAGUGGCCCCAGAACACAUUUACACUGAUUCAUGUCAGGAUUUUGCAUUUUGAUCCAGAGAAUGAGCCAUGAAGUACAUCCUUGAGGCUUAUAAAAAAUAUUUUAUGUCAACUGUCGCCAUUUUUUUUUUUUGUCUCUUAGCCUGUGGGUUGUUCCACAAAGCCGGUUUUAUCACAUAACCGGGUAAGUUAACCCAGGGUUUGCUGUAACCCUAGGUUUUAAGUUCCAAAAGGAUCACGGUAUGUUAGUUGAUAUAGAAACAUAUGCUCUGAAUCAAACCUGGUCGAAGCAGGUUUUGCGCAGGUUAAGUUUGAAACAUAACCCGGUUUUGGGUAUUUAAACCCGCGUUCACCGCAGAUUUCAUGUGUUCACAAUGGCAUGCCUUUUUGAUGAGAGAACUGCUGAUAUCGGAGCGCAAAUUAUACGUGCAAUCCACCGGGAGCGAUUGAUAAGACCACGGCUCGACAUCUUGGCAUAUCAAAUGAUUUUAUGCUGGAGUGGAGAGAUAUAGGCCUAUAGAUUCUCGCGCAAAUCUUUAAUUUAUUUAAAUAGCCUUACAUAGCCAACACUACCAAUCGAGGACCUGGCCUCAGUUUACUCCAGACUAUUUGCGUAGCCCUCCGUUUUUUGCCAAUGGUAGUUUUAUCUAGGCUAUAAUGUUGGAGAUGCUGAGCACAUCUCAGUCCUUUCAGAUGACCCAUCCAAGAUUUGUAUCGGCCUCCUAUCAUACAAAGAGCAAUAUUGUCUGAGUACUAUGCCGAGAGGCACUUACAACACAAAGUAUAAAAUAGUCCUAACGGACUUGCAUCCACUGGAGAAUGUUUGAUCGUUACACGCACUAAUCCAUCUUGAUCUGUGAAGUUGAUGAAUUGUCACUUUUAGGUUUUCUACCCAGUUACCAAAAAAAUAAACAUUUGGAAUAGUAUGCGCUGUGGCAAGCACAUGGUUUGCAAACUUAGAAC